CUCAUCCUCUCCCUCUCCCCUCUCCACCCACCAUCACCAUUAUCCAUCUCAGCCAUGGCCUCAUCCUACAUUGGCCUGCAUGUAUCCCUCGCACUCAAUGACGCCCCUCAGCCACUCGUGGGCACAAUCACACAGAUUGACGUAGAACGCAACCUACUCGUACUUACCCGCCAAGGCGGCGGAGAGCCGGUACAGGUGGACAAGGCUCGCAUCAGAGGCAUCUCCGUCGUUCCUGCUACUGCUGAGUCUCAGUCUACGGCACCUGCACAGACCUCCAGCACCAGCACCGGCGCAAGCAGCAGCAGCAGCAAUAGCAACGGAGCAGGCGCAACAGACUUCCGAGCUCCAGAAGCAACCAAGCUGCCCAAGCCCAGUCGGGGUGGUCGCGCCGGUGCUGGACAAAGCAACGAAGCAAAUGGCGUGAACGGCAGCAGUAGCGCUUCCUCUCGCCGCAAGAAGAAGGGUGGCAAGAAGGCCGGCAAUGGCAGUGGAGGAGCAGCGCAAGGACUUCUUACGAGCGAGGAAGGACGCGAACACGACCACGGCCACACUCGAGCUUCCUCCUCCCUCUCAGAAGACUUUGACUUUGAAGCCUCGGCAAAGUCUUUUGACAAAGCGGCCAUUUGGGAGCAGAUUCGAGCACAGGAUAGGAGUGACCCGGCUGCGCUACUCGUCUCGCACAACAGGAGAGGAGGAGAUGCAGCGGCUGGAGCGGGAGGAGAGCUGGGUAGAGGUCGCAGUGGGACGCCAGUAGGGAUGGGAGAGGGAGGGAAAAUGCGCAAGUUGAGGAUAGACGAGAAUGUCCUCAGUCCUAGUCCAGAUGAGGAGAAGAGCGAAGAGAAGGGCGGACUGGCAGUGGCAGCAUCAGCGGCUGAGGCUCCUUCGGUGCAGCAGCCUGUGCCGGCUCUGACCUCUACAACCACAAGACCAGCUACUGGAUCGGAAGGGGACAGUGAAGCUCUACAGCGCGAGAUUGCCUCGCUGAGACGGAGGCUGUACAUUCUCGAGAACCUCUCCGGACUCUCCAUUCAAGACCCCAGAGACUCAUCCACGUCAACAGGAACAGAUCAACAAGUCGAAUUCCAAGUCGCCCUCUCCCCUCCUGCACUCCCCGGUACCUCACCCGCUCCAACUCCUGGACCGAAGAGUGAGCCAGUCACCUUCUACCUGCAGACAUCGCUGGAGCUUUCAGAGCCCAAAUUGCGCUUCAAGCCUAAGCCUACCUCUGCGACCGCUUCUGCUUCGGCUUCUCUGAAUGGCUUGAGCAGUGCAAGUGGGAAGUUGCCGGAGAAGUACAAUCGGGAAAUGGGACUGCGGUUGGAUAAUGGCAGCGCGAGGGUGUUCAUGGAGAGGUUGCGGGGGGCAUUGUGAGAUCAGACGCCAUGAAUGAAGCAGCGAGGUUAAGCAAAUGUGCCAAUACAGGGAGCAGAGGAGGAUAGCAGGGAAGCUAACGAUGGACAAGGAGACUCUUCAAGGCGACCAUUGCCUGCCCCGGUGAACACGUCGAUGGACCUUGCCAUGGGCCCCUGCUCUUCAGACAUCCCGCGCCUCCGAUCACAACUUUGUGCCCGAAGCCGUAUAUCUAUCGCAAUCUAGCAUCCUCCCAUCCACCUUUUCAUCCAUGUAGUAUGAGCUGCGUACCAGUUGCCCUCUGUUCCCC